GUAACAAAAGAAUGCUUGGACAGAGCAGUAUCAAUCUGUGCACCGGGAGUGGAGUACAACAGAAUUGGCAAAGCAAUAAACGAUCGUGCAAAUAAAUUCAAGUUUGGUGUAGUUCGGCAAUUUGUUGGCCAUGGCGUUGGACGUGUAUUUCAUGCAGAACCUGUUAUUCUACAUUUCAGAAACAAUGAGCGCGGGCGCAUGGUAUCUGGCCAAACUUUCACAAUUGAGCCCAUGCUUACAAUUGGAAGCACAAAGCCUGUAGUUUGGUCUGAUGGUUGGACCGCUGUAACUGAAGAUGGAAGCUUAUCAGCUCAAUUCGAGCACACCUUACUAAUCACAGAUAAUGGUGCAGAAAUAUUAACCAGAUGUUGAAGAACAGGUCACUCAUAAGAUAAACAGUACAGUGAUGCCCAGGUAUAUGCGUUGUAUGUUCCUUCUGUAUGGCUGGCCUGUCCUUGAUUUGUGUCAUCAUGUCAUUUAAUGGGCAAUUCAAUUUUUUUUAUUUUUUUUCGUCGUCAAAAAAUACUUAUUUAUUUGGUAUCAUUUCGGCUUCAAAGCGUUAAAAUUAUCAAUUUAUCAUUUCCUCUUUUGUUUGGAGUUUG